AUGGUCGUGGACUGGGCGGGAACUGUUCUCGCCCCAAGUGAGGACAACGCGCCGUCCCGAGUCGUGCAGAUUCAUUCCCGCGCCGAGUUUGAUGACUUGCUCGCCGCCGACCCGGAGCGGUUGGUCGUGCUCAUGUGCAAGGCCCUGUCGUGUCGCCCAUGCAAGGCCUUCAAGCGGAAAUACGACCGUGCGUCGCGCAAGUACGGCGAUGUCCUGUUCUGCGAGGUCUUUGGGGAUGAGUCGAAGGAGCUCAGGGGCAUGAUGAUGGAUGCCCAGGUGCGCGUCACCCCGACCUUCAUCAUGUACAGGGCCGGCAACGUCGUGCACUCCCACGUGGGGAUCAAGGAGGACAAGCUGCUUCAAGCCCUGCAGACCCAGGUCCUGGGCGAGCCGCUGACCAGUGGCGAUGCCGCCGAGGCGUCCGGCAGCGGGUCGCCGGGAGCCUGA